CUGGCAGGCACCGCGCGCUUCUCUGUCGUCAGGCCCGCCUCUCCGGUUGUGUGUGGCAUCACCGCGAGCGGAGCAGUCGUGCAGAUUUCACCAUGAUGAACAGCGGAGGAAUUGGGGUGCCGCUUGGCUUCCCCUUGGGCCCCACCUCUGUCAUCCAGGUCACGAAUCUGUCCUCGGCAGUGACCAGUGAACAGAUGCGGACUCUUUUCGGCUUCCUGGGAGAUAUCGAGGAGCUACGACUCUAUCCCCCGGACAAUGCACCUCUUGCUUUUUCCUCCAAAGUAUGUUAUAUUAAGUUUCGUGAAGCAUCAAGUGUUGGUGUGGCCCAGCAUCUGACUAACACAGUUUUUAUUGACAGAGCUUUGAUAGUUGUGCCCUGUGCAGAAGGUAAAAUCCCAGAUGAAGCCAAAGCCCUUUCUCUGUUGGCGCCUGCUCCUACUAUGACAAGCCUGAUGUCUGGUGCGGGGUUGCUUCCUAUACCUACACCAACCCCUUUGACUACACUCAGUGUUUCACUUGGCACUUUGGGGGCUAUACCAGCAGCAGCAUUGGACCCUAACAUUACAGCACUGGGAGAAAUACCACAGCCGCCAAUUAUGGGGAAUGUGGACCCAUCCAAAAUUGAUGAAAUCAGGAGAACAGUCUACGUUGGAAACUUGAAUUCACAGACUACAACAGCAGAUCAGCUGCUUGAAUUCUUUAAGCAAGUUGGAGAAGUCAAAUUUGUGCGAAUGGCAGGUGAUGAGACACAACCAACACGAUUUGCUUUUGUGGAAUUUGCAGACCAAAAUUCUGUACCUCGAGCUCUUGCCUUUAAUGGAGUUAUGUUUGGAGACAGGCCGCUGAAAAUAAAUCACUCCAAUAAUGCAAUAGUGAAACCUCCUGAAAUGACACCACAAGCUGCUGCCAAGGAACUGGAAGAAGUGAUGAAGAGAGUAAGGGAAGCCCAGUCUUUCAUAUCUGCUGCUAUUGAGCCAGAGUCUGGAAAGAGCAGUGAAAGAAAAGGUGGUCGAUCUCGUUCCCAUUCUCGUUCAGAAUCCAGGUCUAGCUCAAAAUCCCAAUCUAGAAGGAAAAGAUCACACUCUAAACACAGAAGUAGAUCUGGCAACAGAUCACUCUCAAGACACAAGGACAGACUUAGAUCCAGAAGCCCCCUGAAAAAACGGUCUAGAUCUAGGGAAAGGUGGAAAUCAAGAAGUCAUUCUCGGGACAAGAGAAGAGACAAAGAAAAGGUCAAGGAAAAAGAAAAAGCCAAAGAAAAGGAGAAAGAGAGAGACCGAGACAAAGAGAAGGAGAGAAACCAGGACAAAGAAUGGGAAAGAGAGCGAAAUAAAGAGAGAAACAGGGAUAAGGACAAGGAGAAGGACCGGGAGAGAGAGAAGGAAGAAAACAAAGACCGAGAGAGAGUCAGAGACAAGGAUAGGGAUAGAGAAAGGGAAAAGGACAAAGAUAAGAAGGAAAAAGACAGGGAAGAGGUAGACCAGAACAAGGAAAAAGAUGAUGUUGAUGAAGAGGGGGAGAAGGACAGAGAGAAGAUUAAGGACAAGGAGGGAGACAAGGACAGAGGGGACAAAGAGAAUGACAGAGACAAAGAAAAGGAAAAAGAUGAGGAUAAAGAGAAGAAGGAACACAAAAGAGAAAAAGAGAGAGAUGAUAAAAAGAAGAGGGAUAAGAGAUCCAGAACACCCCCAAGAAGCUAUAGCUCUUCAAGAAGAUCUCGUAGCUCCAGCAGUGAAAGGCAUAAAUGGAAGAGUAGAAGUUCCUCCAAGUCUCCUAAAACAAGAAAAACAAAGUCUUCACAAACUCCUUCUCCAAGAAGAAACAGGAAAGAAAAAAAAAGAGAAAAGGAUACAAAUAAUGAAAGAAGAGAAAGGGAACGCUCCACCUCCAAGGAAAAAAGCAGUAAAGAAGGAAAGGAAAAAUCUGACAAAAACACCACUACUUUGAAGGACAAAGAUCACACUAAAGAGGAUCUGAAUUCAGAAACUGACAAGGAAGUAGGCAAUAGAGAUACACAAAGGACAGAUGAAGCCAAACUACAACAGAAUGGGAACUGUCAACCAAAUGAUGAAAACCUGUCAAUUAAAAUGGAAGAGGUUCAAAGCAAAGAAUGGACCUCUGACUCAACCAAGAAAUGAAAUCCAAACCUUUUAAUUUCCCAGAAUGAGGAAGAAAAUGUCAAAGUAAUCAACCUGAACAUGGUGACAGUGCUAGUAGCUCUUCCAAUUCUUGUGAUAGCUUUGUCAAUUUCUUGCUGAAAGGACAAAUACCAUCAGAACUAUUAAUCUCUGAAAAUCCAUGCAUUUCCAUGAUGGCUGUACUUAUCCGUAAAAUUAUUUGUGUUAAGUUUUGCCAUAAGCUGUUACAAAUAAGUAGAAACUGAAAGAUGUAAACCUGUACUAUCAAAAAAAGCUGGAUAUGCAUUGAAGGUUGUUUAAUAUACUGCUUGUUGAUGAGUUUUGUAUUGUUUUACUUCGUGGGUUAAAAAAAAUCCACAAAGUUUUCAAUGUGUACUGUUCGUGCUUGGAAAUGGUGCAUAAAUAUAUAUGCUUUCUUUUGUUGUAAAUUAAAACUAUAG